CACUCUCGCUGCACCAGCACACUCUACUGCACUCCCACUCGACACACCGUCCAUCGCCGCGACCAGCGCCACCACUCCCGUCUCGAAUCGCGCAACCAGCACACUCGACUCGAGCCACCUCGCCCUCUUCCCUCCUCCCUCUGCCGACCCGACUCUCGCACUCGAGCAACCCGCCUAGCCCGCCAUGCGCGCCACCCUGUCCCUCCUGAGCAAAGCCUCGCGCGCUCCCUUGAACUCGAAGCAGGCCAACAAGGAGUUCUACAAGGGUACCGGUUCGUUCCCCGGCCUCGGCCCCAAGCGUCAGGGUCGCCACUCGCCCGGGUCCAAGGCGCCCUACAUCCUCAUGCAGGAGCGCAUGCGCACCUUUGUCGUCCCCGACAACCUCAACUCUUGCGGCCUCAAGCCCUACGUCGCCAAGACCGUCAAGGUCGACCCGCGAGCGAGCAACUGGCCCAUGGCCGACUCCAAGCCGACGCUCGACUCGAAGCGCGGCGGCCUCUUUGGGCCCAACGGCUUCGACGGCCAUUACUACCUCCAGCUCGCCGAGACGCUCCGUGCCGAGGACGGCGCCAAGAAGGCAUGAGCGGCGCGCUCGACGCGAGCCGGUCGCGAGACGAGGUGCGCGCUCGCGCGAGAUCGGGGGCGCGGCGGUGUCAGGUGGCGGCAGGGCACGGGAGACGGAGGACUAGGAGGGCCCACAGCAUGUCGUGUUUGUACUCUCAUCGCACUUUCCCACCG